AUGGUCGUUGAAUCAGUAUUUAGCCGUUUGCUUGCUGAACUUGAUGACAAAUUUGCCGGUUUGGAUCAUUGCAUCAAGAAAUUGCAUGAGAUUGUAAAAUGUUUCGUGAAAAGUAGAGAGGGUGGUUCAGCAGUUGUUAUCGGACCUAAAUCAUCUGGCAAACGUUCAAUUAUAUCAAAGGUUGUGAUGGAUUAUGCAGAUGAUAUGGAAGUACUUUUCAUUGAUGGAUUAAUUCUAACAAAUGAUACUGAAGCACUAAAAAUAUUUGAUUCAUCUGAAUCUAAGUCGGAACAGUUACAGUUUGUUAUCGUGUUUAAUUUUGAUCGAUUUGUAACACGAGGUCGACAAACUCUUCUUUAUACACUUCUAAAUGCAUCACGUUCUAGUUCUGUCUUUGUACUUUGUGUUAGUUCUCGUCAGGACUGUACCGAAUUACUUGAGAAACGUCUACGUUCACGUCUUUCCAAUGCAGUUGUAUCCUUUGCUUUGUCAUCUAUAUCAUUUGAUGAUUUUACAAAGGCAUUUGCAAUAUUUCUGCAUACUAACUUAAAAAAAUAUGAGCAGAAUAAUAGUCUCAUCCAGACAUUCAUUGCCGAUGAAUGUGUAAAAUGUAAAUUACGUGAAAUAUACGAUGAAACACGAAGUUAUUGCAUUCUAAAACAGAUCACAGCAACAUUUCUGUGUUUCAUGGACGCGGAGCAUAUCAAAAGUCUGUCAAGUCCUCAUGCAUCGCGAAUAUUUGUUGAAGCAAAAAAUGCUGUUAUUGCUAAUGAAGAUACGAUGAAAUCGAUCAUUUUAAGCUUAACAUUGCGACAACUGUGUCUUUUAUUAUGCUGUGUUCGUUUGGUGCGUUAUCAGCGACGGCAGGAUUUUACAUUUCGUGAAAUUAUACUAGAUUAUCGUAAAUUGGUCAACAAAUAUUUGCCAACAUUGAAUGUAAAAGAUGACUUAAUACUACUGAAGGAACUAGAUACAUUGUGUAGUCUUACAGUGUUGGAAGAAAGAGAACAAUGUGGGCAGUUAUUGUUUAAGCGAACAUCUGUGCAGGUUGAUAUCGAUUUAGUGCUAAGUUGUGUAAAGGAAUUUACACCUCUUCCAACAGCUUUAAUACACUGGAUAGAUGAUCUUGAAAAAUGA